CGUUCUUCAAGGUCAAUUGUUGUGGAAGCCAUUCCCAUCUCCCCAGGCGCACAAGGGCUUGUCUCUGUCGCCCACCAGAGCAGUUCCACAAAGUCUUACAGCUUUCGGUUUCCAGCAUGGCGCAGAGUUCAUCCAGUGUCCAGUCUAGUCCCUAUAGUUCACAACGGAGACAUGCUUCCAAACACCGUUUCUUCGUGGUUGAACUGUCACAAGCCCUUUUCGACUUCGUGAUUCGACUUCUUCCAGCCCAAGAAGAGAUGGCUGUAAAGGAAGAUGUCAGGAAACUCCUUGAGAGGUUGAUUCGCACAAUCGAACCUGACAGCCGACUGCUAUCAUUCGGAAGCACGGCGAACGGCUUUAGCCUUCGCAACUCAGAUAUGGAUCUAUGCUGUCUCAUCGAUUCCGACGAGCGUCUGUCUGCAUCAGACCUGGUUACGAUGCUUGGCGACCUCCUAGAACGCGAAACCAAGUUUCACGUCAAACCACUACCUCAUGCACGUAUACCGAUCGUCAAGCUCUCCUUAGAUCCAUCUCCUGGACUACCACAUGGUAUCGCUUGCGAUAUCGGUUUUGAGAAUAGACUCGCCCUGGAGAAUACAAGGCUGCUCAUGUGCUACGCUAUGAUCGAUCCCACACGUGUGCGGACACUAGUGCUCUUCCUCAAAGUAUGGAGCAAGCGGAGAAACAUCAAUUCUCCGUACCAGGGGACACUAUCGUCUUACGGCUACGUUUUACUUGUCAUAUAUUUCCUCAUACACGUGAAGAAUCCGCCUGUACUACCAAAUUUACAGCAAAUGCCUCCUCUACGACCGAUUUCUCAGGAGGACACCCACAUUGGGGGGCAUAAUACUUGGUUUUUUGACGACAUAGAACUUCUACGCCAGCGAUGGCAUUCAUCUAAUACCGAUAGUGUGGCUGAUUUGUUGAUUGAUUUCUUCCGAUAUUAUUCUCGUGAUUUUACCUACAAUACAGGCGUUGCUUCCAUUCGAGGAGGCUUAUUGAAGAAGGAGAGCAAGGGAUGGCAAAACGAGCUGGCAGCCGGCCGAUAUAAUGACUCCAGAGAGCGAAAUCGGUUUUGUAUAGAGGAUCCGUUUGAGAUCGACUUCAACGUUGCCCGAUGUGUAACAAAAGAAGGGCUUUAUCAGAUUCGUGGAGAAUUCAUGCGCGCGUCUAGGAUCCUUGCAAUGCGCCCUCGCGCCCUUGUUGCACUUGCUCAACUGUGUGAAGAGAAAGGUGAAGACCCGCAAACGACAUCACCUCCAUCUGUCUUCGUCCCGCCCCGCCUCUCCUUUCCUCCUCAGACGCCAUACACCGUUGGGAGCAACUCCAUGAGACCCAAGGGUGCACCGGCUGAGCGACUUUCACCCCAACCUGAGUUCUUUGAGCCUGAAAAUCGACAUUCGGGCGAUAGCUGUGUUCCGUCUCGUACCCCACCCGAGCACAUGGCACCAAGAAGGACCCAGUGGACUAGCCCGCCCCCACCAGAGGCUCCGGCUGCCCACCACGCCAUAUUUGAAGAUCAGCUUGACCAAGGUCUUGCACUGGCAACGUCUUCGACAAUGGCGCGGGAGGCUGGGAAGACAACAUCAUCUCCUGAACGUUCUGAACUCCUCAGCGAUGAAGAGCGUCGAUCAGAUGCUACCGAGUCCGAUGAAGUGCAAUCCGUUCAAUCUUUUACUGAAGGAUCACGUGCAACUCCCUUAGCAUCUACGUCCUAUAUCGAAUCCCCGACGUCUGCUGUUGGACCCGGGAUCCGAGGCAGGGUGCCCUCGAGAUCUUCGCGUCCUAGUGACAACAAACUGAGCUCCUUCGUCGUUCACACUCUGGCCCUCCAAAUGGCAAGUCUAAUCGUUUUUUCGUGGCCUUCUGCCACAUCCAUUGCAUAUACUCCCACAAUCGGACCGUCAAUUUCAACAUCCUCCCGCUUGCAUGUUCCUGACAUGUCUGCUUCGACCAACACUGUAUUCUAUGAAACCACGGGCACGCCGCCGCGAUUUCCCGCAUACCCGUUACCCGCACCUGCACCAUCUCACCUGUUAUCUAAUGUGCCAUUUUACAUGCGAAGCUAUCUUGACCAAACCGCUAACAAUACCGCUACAAUCGAUAUAUCCAGAGACGGUUCAUCGUCACCACUCUCUCAGGCGCCAUUCUCACAUUCACACACACAUACGCCCUCCACUGCCACAAUCACCUCCCGCGUCCAACUUAUAUCACGACAUCCUUCAGGUUCGCCGCCACAUUCGCCGCUGCGCAAUAACAUGCAUGGACGUAUGGGGAUGUUAUGCGAGCCUGGAAGUGAUUCAUCUUCGCCGACAUCGGGAAGUUGCUCACCGUCUCCUUCACCGACUCUUGUGCACCAGCACCAGCACCAGCACCAGCAUGCAGUUGAUGAGUUUACACGAUACAACACGUUCAAGAUGGUUGCUCCUCGGCUGAGACGCAUUCGUGCGGAUCCAGUAACGGUAGAUCUGACACCUGAUGAUGCUUUGCGAUAG